AUGUACAGAUCUGCUCUUCUCAAUAACUCCCGUCUUUUUGCUGCUGCCGCUGCUAGACCCGCUCUUAGACAACCUUUUGCUUUGGCCCCGGUCAUGGCCUCCCGUCGUUUCCUCGGCACCAUCCCUCAACCUCCUGGUGGCAUUGUCGGAACCGUCAAUGAUGCUGUCCCCUCCCCUCCCGUCGAGAAGUCCCACGGUUCUUACCACUGGUCUUUUGAAAAGGUCGCUGUUCUUGGUCUUGCUCCUCUCGUCAUUGCUCCCUUUGCUGGUGCCUCUCUGUCACCCAUUCUUGACGCUACUCUCGGAUCCCUCAUCAUUAUCCACUCUCACCUUGGUCUCGAGUCCUGCAUUGUUGACUACAUUCCCAAGCGUGUCUACGGUGGCCUCCACACCGCUGCCAUUGGUGCUCUUUGGGCUGGCACUGCUCUUGCUAUCUACGGUAUCUACGAGAUUGAGACCAACGAUAUCGGUGUUGCUUCCUCCAUUGGCAAGAUCUGGAACGCUUAA